UCAAUGUGUAAUAAAUGUUACACUUGAUAUGGAGAUAAUUAGUCUUAUUCUUCAGUGAAUCAUCUUUUGAUUGCUUUGCAGCAAUGGUGAAAUGGAAAGGAUACACUUCUCAAUAUGUUUACUUCUUCUAUCCAGCAGUCUUAUUUCCGCUCAAGAUGGCUAUGAUUAUUCAAGACCCCAAAAGCCUUUUCCACCUUCGCGGCCAGGUACUCCAAGUUAUCCAGGACAAGGACCAACAGCAUUUCCUGCACUUCCUUCUGUAUCAAGUACACCCAGACCAUUCGAAACUGUAGGAACAACUCAACAAAGACCUGGGGCUCCAACUCGAUUCCCUGGAUAUGCUCCAAGUGGUACUCCAACAUCCCCUGGAGGUUACCCAAGUAUCACUCCAACAUCCCCUGGAGGUUACCCAAGUGGCACUCCAACAUCACCUGGAGGUUACCCAAGUGGCACUCCUACAUCUCCUGGAGGUUAUCCAAGUGGUAGACCACAAUUCCCUACUGGACCUGCACGACCUGGAGCUGAAUUUCCCAGACCUGAUGGACCUCAGUAUCCAGGAACACCAAGUACACCACAAUUACCUGGGUCCCCACAAUACCCAGGAGCACCAGGUUCUCCACAAUAUCCAGGAGCCCCAGGCGCCCCACAGUACCCAGGAGCACCAGGUGCCCCACAAUAUCCAGGGGCUCCAAGUUCACCACAAUUCCCCGGUGCACCACAAUAUCCAGGAGCUCCAAGUACACCACAAUUCCCUGGAGCACCAGGUACCCAACAAUAUCCAGGAGGCGCACAAUUCCCUGGAGUAACAGAUUCUGGACAAUAUACUGGAGAAGAAGAGGAAGGAGAUUAUUCCGCCAUACCUGGUACUCCUGGUGACGAUUACCCAAUUUAUUCAGAAGUUCCUGAAACAUCAUUCAGAUGUGAUCAGCAACAAUACCCCGGAUAUUAUGCAGAUGUUGAAACCAGAUGCCAAGUAUUUCAUAUAUGUGCCAACAAUAAAACUUAUGAUUUCCUUUGUCCAAAUGGAACGGUGUUCCAUCAGGAAUAUUUGGUUUGUGUUUGGUGGAACACUUUCGAUUGCAAUUUGGCUCCAUCACUGUACGGAAUAAAUGCCAAUAUUUAUGAUUAUUCGAUUAUAGGCGCUCAACAACAAGCGCCUGGAGCUGCAUAUCCAGGAGGUCCAGGUGUUCCUACUCCAGGCUUCCCAGGAGCUAGACCAGGAUACCCGGGUUCAACUGAACAAGGUCCAGGAUACCCUGGUAUUGGACCUCAAGGUCCAGGAUACCCAACUGGCCCACAAGGUCCUGGUUAUCCUGGUGCUGGACAACAAAGACCUGGAUAUCCAACAGGCCCCCAAGGUCCUGGUUAUCCGGAUGCAGGACAACAAAGACCUGGAUACCCAACAGGCCCUCAAGGUCCUAGCUAUCCUGGUGCUGGUCCACAAAGACCUGGAUAUCCAACAGGCCCUCAAGGUCCAAGCUAUCCUGGUGCUGGUCCACAAAGACCUGGAUAUCCAACUGGACCCCAAGUUCCUAGUUAUCCUGGGGUCUCUCCUCAAGGUCCAGGUUACCCCGGAAUUGGUCCUCAAAGUCCAGGCUACCCAACUGGCCCUCAAGUUCCUGGUUAUCCUGGUGCUGGACAACAGAGACCUGGAUAUCCAACAGGUCCACAAGGUCCUGGCUAUCCUGGUGCUGGUCCUCAAGAAUCUGGAUAUCCCGAUGGGCGUCCUCAAGUUCCUGGCACACCUGGAUUCACUACAGGACGCCCUCAAAUUCCAGGAUAUCCUACUGGCGGACAGAUUCCAGGAUAUUCCACGGUACGUCCACAAACCCCAGGAUUCCCAACAAGCCGACCUGAAGGUACAAGUUUCACCACUGGUAGACCUGGAUUCACCACUGGACGUCCUCAACAAGAAGGUUAUCCAAGCGGCCGACCUCAAGGACCAGGUUUUCCAGGCACAGGUGGGCCAGGACAGCAACCUACUCGGGAAUAUUUGCCACCAGUUGGAAAAAAAUAACCUCAACAUUAAUUUAUGAUUAGCUCUUGUCAAGUAAUUAAAUAUCAGAAGAGCAUAAUGAUCUCUGCUCCUCAGCAUUUUAUUAAGGAUUGACGACUUUAUAAGACAAGUCAGUAUAUUUUUUAAUGAUGUAUUUAUAUGACCAUUUUCGUAUUUAUAGCUGCACUAUUUAUUACCAGUAUUAUAUAAUUAUGUAGUUUACAGUAUAUAGAAGCAUAUUUAAAACAGAAAAAUAAAGAAUUUAU